UCCGAAGCCAACUCUACCCUGAAACCCUACAUCUACAAAAGCCACCACUCUUCUCUUUGUCCCUGGACAUUCACGAGCUCACACAAUCGCUUUCGAACAGUAUUCAUUGCACGCACUAACGGCCUUUGUUCAUCGCUCUUCCUGGUGCUCAAAUUCGCUUCUUCCCUGUCGCCUUUCCUUCUCAUCAUGAAUUACGAUAUGGAGGACACGCAAAACUCAGCACCGGGUAUCUUGCCAUCCAACCAAGCCGCGAAGCUCGGGGCUCCUCGUAAGGGUAAUGAUGCCCAGAGCACGACGAAACGAUUACAAACCGAGCUGAUGCAACUUAUGACCUCUCCUGCUCCUGGCGUCUCAGCUUUCCCCAAUUCGGACGGGGGUCUUCUCUCGUGGACUGCGACGAUAGAAGGACCUGAGGAUACACCGUACUCUGGUCUUACCUUCAAGCUCUCCUUCGCUUUCCCUUCCAACUACCCCUACGCAGCUCCGACUGUUCUCUUCAAGACCCCAAUCUACCAUCCUAAUGUCGACUUCUCGGGAAGAAUUUGCUUGGAUAUCUUGAAGGACAAGUGGACAGCAGCCUACAACAUCCAAACCGUUCUCCUGAGUUUGCAAAGCUUGCUCGGCGAGCCCAACAAUGCUUCACCAUUGAACGGCGAGGCUGCUGAACUAUGGGAUAAGAAUGCGGAGGAGUUCAAGAAGAAGGUUCUUGGACGACAUCGGGUUGUUGACGACGAGUAGAGGGAUUUCUAGAUUGAACUGAGGGAGCAUGGGCGUUUGUGAAUGGGCAUGGAGAAUGUGCAUAAUGAGGGACGUCCCUUGAACGGCUCUGAUGGUCUUUUCACGCAGCAUUGUCACGGCGGUGGGGAGGCGUAAAUGACACUCGGACUCUGUAUCGCUAGUCCGCCACAUAGGAAAGACUCAUCAAGCAUUGGCUUGGAUUCUGAAUCUAGGAUCUCAC